AACCAAUCAGACGAAGCAGAGUUGUUGCGUCGUUGCUAUGGAGAUUCUAUUGCAACGUUCCUGAAUGACGUGAUGUAAAGAGUUUUUAGUAAAGCUUUUAUUAUAACCAAAUAAAUACAGCAUCAUGUCUGAGACUGCAACUCUUAAAAUAUCUUACAUUUUUCCAAAUGGAGACAAAUAUGAGGGCGAAUGCUGUCGUACUUCAGAUGGUGUGGUGAUAAGGAAAGGGUCUGGCACACAGACAUCAGCCUCUGGAGUUACAUACACUGGAGAAUGGGACAAUGAUAAGAUGAAUGGCAGUGGAACUCUCACACACCCUUCAGGGGCGUUUUACAGCGGCCUGUUCAGAGACAACAUGUAUCAUGACAAAGGAACUUAUCGAUUUCCUGAUGGGACAGAAUACACAGGAACUUUUAACAACAACAGAUUUGAAGGUGAAGGGGAGUUCACAGAUUCACAAGGACUUGUGUGGAGGGGGAAGUUUCAUAACAAAGCCGCACUGGGACUGAAGCUCAAAGUCAACGUGUGACUUGCACACAAACACACACCAUUUAAAUGUAUACAGAAAAACAUUUUCUGUUCUUUUUCUUUAUUAGUUGGCAUUCAGUAUGUGCUCUAUUGUUAAGUAGCCAAUCACUAGACCAAACUGAACUUCAAAAGAUAUUCUGAAGCACUGAAUUUUUAAAUAGUGAUAGUACAAUUUGAGCAUUUUAUCAAGAUUAUGAAGCAAGCAUCUGAGUCAACUUGAAGUUGAAAGAAUAACCACCCGUGAAACUAUUGAAAGAGAUCUUAGAUACACAGUGAUGCAUUACCACAGCUAGCAGCCCUGAGGCACUGAUGAGAUCCAAUGAAAUAGCUUCAGUUCCAGCAGCAUCCACUGAACAUCAAGAACACAUGUUCCCACACACUGCACUUCUGAAAGAAUCACUACUUUGUUUUAGUGCAAAGGGUGAGAGGAAUGUGAUUCUCUGUGUACGUUUCAGCCAUUGGUGGAGCGCAUCUCCAAAAUACACGAGCACGCACAGCAGCAGAGCUCAUGACUGCGAUGAGAAGUCAGGAGUUGUGUAAGACCGUAAGGCUCAAUUUCCUGUCCUCUGGAGUAAGAACGUGUUUACUGUGGAUCAAGAGCUCAACUGGAGAUCUACCACCCUUCGGUUCACUUCUAAAUCUGCUUCAAAUGAACCUGAAGCUCC